GCUUUGAGAUGUGCCUGGGGACCCAGCCCAGAGCUGCUCCAACGGGGUUCUUUCCUUCAUCUCUGGCUGCGCCAGGGCCAAGAGCUUGAAGCUUACCCAGCAGGCGGCCCACGUCCCUUCUAAGAGGGGGGAUUGCAGCCCGGCGCCUCCAACCUCAACCCCACGCAGAGAUGCUGAGGCAGUGGUCAGUGCUGUCCGGCCAGGCCCUCGUGGAGCCCGAACCCGAGCCAGGGGUCGAGGAGCUGUGGGAGCAGGAGAUGGAGCGGCUGUGGUCCUCCCAGGCUCAGGUGCGGGAGCUGCCCUACGCCAUGGUGGACAAGCGCUUCAUUCGGCAGCUGCGGGAGCCCAAGGGGGUGAAGACCUCUUGCUGGCAGCGAUGUCAGCGCAGGUGGCGGACUGUCCGGCGGCGCCUAGGGGAGGCAGCACAGCGGCUGGCCCAGGGCUUUGGGCUCUGGGAAGGGGCUCUCUACGAGAUCGGGGGCCUCUUUGGCACCGGAAUCCAGUCCUACUUCACCUUCCUGCGCUUCCUGCUGCUGCUCAACCUUCUGACCCUGCUGCUCACUGCCAGCUUCGUCCUGCUGCCCCUGGUCUGGCUCCGCCCCCCGGACGCGGGCCCCUCCCUUAACUUCACCCUGGAGUGCCCUGGUGGCCUCCAGCCCCAGACUGGUGUUCCCAGAUUCCACAAUCGACUUUGGAACGUUUUGACUGGCAGGGCCUUUGCCGACAGCUAUCUCUUCUAUGGCGCCUACCGGGCGGGGCCUGAGAGCAGCUCGGCCUACAGCAUCCGCCUCGCCUACCUCCUGAGCCCGCUGGCCUGCCUGCUGCUCUGCUUCUGCGGGAUUCUGCAGCGGAUGGUGAAGGGGCUGCCCCAGAGGCUGUUCCUCGGCCAAGACUACAAGUCGCCUGUCAGUGUCAAAGUGUUCUCCUCCUGGGACUUCUGUACCCGGGGACAGGAAGCGGCCACCAUCAAGAAGCAUGAGAUCAGCAACGAGUUCAAGGUGGAGCUGGAGGAGAGGCGUCGGUUCCUGCUGGUGCAACAGGAGACCCGGGCCCAGAAGGCCUGCCACCUGCUCACCCACCUGCGGGUCAAUGUCCUCAUCGGGCUCCUGGUGGUUGGGGCCAUCAGUGCCAUCUUCUGGGCCACCAAGUACUCACAGGACAACAAAGAGGAGUCCCUGUUUGUGGUGCUCCAGUACCUGCCCCCUGGGGUCAUCGCCCUGGUCAACUUUCUGGGGCCCCUGCUCUUCGUCUCCCUCAUCCAGCUGGAGAACUACCCUCCCAACACGGAGGUCAACCUCGCCCUCAUCUGGUGUGUGGCGCUGAAGCUGGCCAGCCUGGGAAUGUUCUCCUUCUCUCUGGGCCAGACCGUGCUGUGCCUCGGCAGAAACAAGACCAGCUGUGUGUCCUACGGCUACAACGCCUGUGAUUACCAGUGCUGGGAGAAUGCGGUCGGGGAAGAGUUUUACAAGCUGAGUAUCUUCAACUUCCUCCUCAUGGUGGCCUUUGCCUUCUUCGUCAGCCUGCCGAGGAGGCUGCUGGUGGAGCGGUUCUCGGGCCGGUUCUGGACCUGGCUGGACCGGGAAGAAUUCCUGGUGCCCAAGAAUGUCCUGGACAUCGUGGCGGGGCAGACGAUCACCUGGAUGGGUCUCUUUUACUGCCCCCUGCUGCCCCUGCUCAACAGCGUCUUCAUCUUCCUCACCUUCUACAUCAAGAAGUACACCCUCAUGAGGAACUCCAGGGCCUCUCCACGGCGGUUCCGCGCCUCCAGCUCCACCUUCUUCUUCCAGCUGGUGCUCCUCCUGGGCCUGCUCCUGGCCGUCGUGCCCCUGGGCUAUGUGGUCAGCAGCAUCCACUCCUCCUGGGACUGUGGCCUCUUCGCCAACUACUCGGCCCCCUGGCAGGUGGUCCCGCAGCUGGUGGCCCUCCGGCUGCCGCCCCCUGCCCAGCGUGCCCUCCACUACCUCGGCUCCCACGCCUUCAGCUUCCCCUGCCUCAUCCUACUCAGCCUUGUCCUGACCGUCUGCGUUUCCCAGUCCCAGGCCAAUGCCAGGGCCAUCCAGGGGCUCCGCAAGCAGCUGGUGUGGCAAGUCCAGGAGAAGUGGCACCUGGUGGAGGACCUGUCGCGACUGCUGCCCGAGACGGGCUCCGGCAGCUCUGUGGGGCCCGAAGCCCCUCCCUCCCGAGCUUCCCGCCCGCGGUCUUUCUGUCCUGGAUUCCCGUGCCCCGGCUCCCCAGGCCCCAGGGCCCCUAGGCCAGGACCUUGCCUCGAGGAUCCAGCCAGGCCAGGCGGUGGCCCUGUCGCCGCCCCUAGAUUCCGCUUCCCCAGCGGCUCGGAGCUGUAGCACCCACCCCUUCCUCCUCCCCGAGCCUCCCCAGGGCCUGGCCUACCUCCCUGCAGCCAAACUGUCCCUGGCCCCAGGCUCCUGCCCCCUGGUGACUGAUGCUCUCAGCGGGUCCUCCAGCAGGACGCCGGAGAGCCCAGGGGCAGCAGAAAGAGAAUAUGGGAAAUUGUAUUUAUAUUUUUACCUCAGUCCUGUAAAGUUUCAAUUUUAUAAUGUACAUAAUAUAUUACAUAUUCAUA